ACUUACAACGUUUUAUCGAUCGAUCUCCGGUGGAAUCACUUGUGAGGUUCUAGAGAAUAGAAUUCAAACGGGAGUCUUCGGUGUGGUUAGUGAAUUUAAACGAUCCGUUAAUCGACUGUUGACUUUCUUUUGCCAAGUGUACCUCUAACAAUGUACGAUACCUUUGCCAAUGCGUCUUUGGAAUUAAGUGAAGCUGUUUACUCCAGUGUGUUUCUCCAGGAUCAAUGGAACAACUUUCUCGAUACCAUCGGCGACGAUCCAGAGAUCCUGUACGUUUGGUUCCUGACGAUAUGGUCGUACAGCUUGUUCUGGAUAAUCGGCGGUUUAUUUGCGUACAUGGACCUCACCAAUAAACCGGCCUGCCUGCGCAAAUACAAAAACCAACCAGGGACACACGAACCUCUAAAAUGGAACGAACUGAAACCGGUGGUCAAAACGGCUUUCAUCAAUCAGCUAGUGUACGGGAUUCCAACGACGUAUCUCACGUUUCACAUACGAAAGUGGAUAACAAGUGACCUGCCUGACAUGCGACAACUACCAUCGCUGGAAAUUUUCAUCCGAGAUAUGGUGGUAUCGAUCGUCUUGUGGGAAAUUGCGUUCUACUACACGCAUCGAUUGCUGCAUGCCAAUUUUUGGUACAAGUACAUUCACAAGAAGCAUCACGAAUGGCCGGCACCGAUCGCAUGGGCCGCCAUUUACGCCCAUCCGUUUGACUUCAUUCUCAGCGAUCUUAUUCCGGUGUAUGCUGGACCUGCACUGAUGACAAGUCAUCCGGCAACCGUGGCAGUGUGGUUGGUAUUUGUUAUGGUGGAUACUCUGGUGGAUCACUGCGGAUAUCAUUUGCCUUUCCUUGGAAGCUCCGAACAUCACGAUUAUCACCAUUUGAAAUUCAAUCAGUGUUACGGUAACUACGGCUGGUGGGACACCCUACAUGGUACAAACGAAGAGUUCCGCAAGAAGAAGCAGUAUCUCCGCAACAAAAGAAUAUUCUCUCUGAAAUCAGCUCGCGAAUUGAUACCAGAAGACGAUUAGGUGCUUUUAAGUAAUGGUAGAUAAUAGUCUACGAUAAGCCGGUUCUGACACUACGAACUGUAGUUGGCUCAGUCCAAUAUUCCUGUUAAACGAUAUUGUUGCUUGAUUGCUGGUUGAGCUUCGUUGAUCAGCCGGAAGGAACUGAAUAGCUUCGGACUAAAAGUGUCGUAGGUUGUGAUAGGAUGUCAUGUGUUUUCGAGAUGCUAGUUUUUCCAGAAAGUUUUGUUCCUUCUAAAUGCGUCUUUCGAACACGAAUCCACCUGAUUCGUAUGGUUAAUACACAUACUGAUGAAACAUCGAUCGAAACGAGAAUCAAGUGCUAGUAUAAAGUUAAGGAUUUUUAUGAAAGGGAGUUGUGAUCGUACAUAUGAGUUUAGUUGAUAGAUAAACCUACUUUUAAGAACAUGAGUCAAUGCCUAGUGUCAAAUGCUUGAAAUAUAAAUGUUUAAUUUAGAUAAAAUCAGUAAAUUGACUCAAUAAUUAGGAGAAUAAGUUCAAUAGCCUCACUUUAAUUUACUCUAAACAAGCUACUUAGUCACGCAAUUUAGAGUUUUUAACCCAUCGACAGAAUAGUUUUAAGCAUGUUCUUGUUCAAUAGAUUAAUCCAUAAUUUAAUCUUUUAACUAAUGAGUUUGCAGUUUCAUCACAUCUACCUGAUAAAAUAUAAAUUAGCUAUCGUGAAUCUUCCCUUAGGAGGAUCACAAGCAUGUUGGAACCAGAACGAAAAAACGAGUUCUUUCUCGAAAGAAUGCAAGUGCAAUGUUGAUUCCCUUACCUACGCAACCGAAUCUUUCGAUGGAUAUAAAUACUUGCCAAACGAUUAAAAUGAGCUCAGUAUGAACUAGUCUAGACGGAAAGUUAUUUUUAAUGUGUAUGAUAACUUGUAUUGAGUUCGACAGCAUCGCUAGGCUAUAUAAUAAAUGUUCGAUUUGUAAUGUA